UGCUCCUUUGCAUUUCCGAAACUUCAAGCGCUUCCUAUGUUAUCACAGCUGACGUGCAAAGGCCGACAGGAGAUCUUAAACACUUCUGGAGAAGCACUGGUUUCUGGUAGGUCCAGUUUUAACUUUUCCCGUGUGAGCGCCGAGCAGUAAGUGUCAGCCAGAAAGCAGAGAUUCACUGAAACGGGACACUGACUGUGGGUUUAUUUUUAUAUUCACUGUAGCAGAAUACUUCAGAGGAAGUAUUUAAAAAACGAUGCACUUACUAGGAACACGUAGGACUUUCUCUGAGCUUAAAGGGAGAAAGGUAGACUAUGGAGUAACUCACUGCCAAGGUAUGCAGAAGAGCAUCUCUGAGCACACAAGACAUCAAACCCGGAAGUGGAUGGGCUACAGCAGCAGACCAAAUUUCUGACAGCUAAGAACACAUUAAUGAUGCAUGCUCUGAUGAGUCUCAGUAUCUGCCACUCAUUCAGGGUUUGGCAUGAACAACAUGAGGGCCCUGCCUGCUGCUGGUGGUGUCAUGGUGUGGGAGAUAUUUUCUUGGCAUGCUUUGGGUCCCUUACUAAACGUUAAGAAUCAUUUGAACGACACAGCCUACCUGAGUAUUGUUGCUGGCGAUGUUCAUCCUUUUUUGAUCACAUCUGUCAGCACCAGCAUCACACACAGUGCCACAAAGCUCAAAUCAUCCCAAACUGGUGUCUUGAAAAUUCACUGUACUCAAAUAGCUUCCAUAUUCACCAGUCCACUGACAAAUCUGCAGCAGCUAUGUUAUGCCAGUCAUGUCACUACAGACCAAAGUCUCUGAAGAUGGUUUCCAGUACAUCUGUGUCAUGAAGAAAUAACCCCCCGCUCCCUCACACGCAGGCCCACGAGUAUGACCUGAGCAUUGACCAGCAGCUGAAUUUGGCCUAUGUGGGCUCUGUUCCUCAUGGAGGGAUCCAGCAGGUCAGGAUACACUGGAUGCUGGAGCUGGUGACUGCACAAGAUAUUGGAGGAAAACCUCAAUAUAACUUCACUAGACUGGACCGGCUGAUAGAGCUAUUAUGGAUGAAUGGCCUUCAACCAGGAUUUGAACUGAUGGGAAGUGUCUCUAAUUACUUCACUGAUUUUGAGGAUAAAUCACAAGUGGUCGAGUGGAGAAAUCUGGUUUAUCUCAUAGCCAAGAGGUACAUUGACAAAUAUGGCCUGGGAAGUGUUUCUCGAUGGAACUUUGAAACAUGGAAUGAGCCCAACAACCAUGACUUUGAUAAUGUUACUGUCUCAAUUCAAGGGUUUCUAAACUACUAUGACGCCUGUUCUGAGGGUCUGCGUGCUGCCAGUACACUCCUGAGGUUUGGAGGUCCAGGAGACUCUUGUCACCCCCAUCCACACUCCCCGUACUGCUGGGCCAUGCUGCAGCACUGCUACAACGGCACCAACUACUUCACUGGAGAGACUGGGGUCAGACUGGACUAUAUAGCCCUGCACAAAAAGGGAGGAGGCUACUCCUUCCCCAUCCUCCAGCAGGAGAUCAAGACUGUAGGAGAGAUCCAAGAGCGUUUCCUUAAGUUUCGCAGCUUGCCUGUUUACAAUGACGAGGCUGAUCCUCUGGUAGGGUGGUCCAGGCCUCAGGAGUGGAGGGCUGAUGUGACCUAUGCUGCAAUGGUGGUAAAGGUUAUAAACCAGCACCAGGAUAUGUUGAUGGCAAACCCAAACAGCACCAUCAACUACACCCUGCUGAGCAACGACAAUGCCUUCCUCAGCUACCACCCACACCCCUUCACCCAGCGCACAUUGACCGCCCGCUUCCAGGUCAACAACACUCAGCCGCCUCAUGUUCAACUCAUCAGGAAGCCCGUCCUCACAGUCAUGGCCCUGCUGGCUUUGCUAGGAGAGACCCAGCUUCUGGCUCAGGUUGUGAACUCAUCAGGAGGCCACAACGGCACACUGGGAGUUCUCGCCAGUAGCCACAAACCCGUAAUGCCCGGUGGCUCAGACAGCUGGCAGGCAGCAGUGUUGGUGUACAACAGUGAGGACAACAGCACCUCUACCAUCACCGACGAUGUCACUGUCUCACUGAAAGGACUGCCUGCACAAAACGGUCUAAUGUAUGUCACAUAUUACUUGGACAAUAAUGUAACCAACCCUUACGAGCUGUGGCAGAACAUGGGGAGCCCUGACUACCCCACAGCAGAGCAGUUCAGACGCCUCAGGAGUGUGGAGGGCCCCCACACUGACGGACCCUUGGACGUUCCUGCAGGAGACAGUCUGAUUCUGAAAGCCAAAUUGCCGGUGCCCUCCGUCCUCCUCAUCCACGUCUGUGCUCGGCCGAAAGCUGUGCCAGACCAGGUCAACGGGUUACGCUUCAUUAGGAUCACUAAAGGUCAAGUCCUUAUUAUCUGGUCUGACCACUGUGUCAAUUCAAAAUGCAUCAAAACAUAUGAAGUGGAAUUAUCCACAGGCGGCAAGGCAUUCGGCAAAAUCAGCACCCAGAACACUAUUUUUACUUCUUAUGUUUAUUCACCAGUGGACCAGGAGGUUAGUGGUCUGUACAGAGUUCGAGCUGUGGACUACUGGGGAAGGCCCGGCGAGUACUCGCUGCCAGAGAGAUAUUCAGAGGAGCAUUAGUCCGAGAUCUGGUCUGCUGGCUAUUAUGUUGUGUUUUGUUAUUGUUUUAUAUAAUGUAAAUUUUUGGAUUGGUGGAUUUUGUAUUUAAUAAAGCAUUGUAUGUGGUCAGCUGUAAUCAUGUGACUCAAGGUGUGAAAUUACUGAAUCCUCGCCCCACCCCAUCACGUUGAGGUCACCUGAGGCAAGGUGUAAGUGAGGUUUGAGACGCUUGGGAUCUCUAGACUGCAUUGUUGGUUUCUAAUAUCCGGUGUCUGGUCAAAGAUGGUGGACACAGAUCGUCUCCUUUACUGCUCUUUGAAAACAUCUGUAUUCUCGGUCCAAGGUGUGGACAUUUGCAUCCUUGAAAGAGUGACCUUUAUCGUUCAGGUGCAGAUGUUGUCAUGUUGAGGUGGCUCUUCUACGGUGGCUGUUUGGUUUCUCCUAUUCAGAGUCCGAGCACUACUCACCGCGCCGCACAACAUACAUUGUGUUAUUCAGCUUGUGUUUGGGAGUGCAUUGAGAUGAACCAGUUUCUGUCUGAGGGUGUUGCUACAUCUGAAGUGCAGGGGGAAGUCGUGGGACCACAAUGUUGUUCUAUUUCUGCCUGGUUGGUGUUUGAAACUCUUUCCUGUACAUCUUUGCUGAUUUGAUUAAGGCUCAGAUGAGAUAAGCACAAGUUUUAGGACUUUUCUUUAAACACAUCCUUUUCUUUCUUUCUCCUCUGCCUUGGAGGAAACAUCCUCUGUGACUUCAAAAUUUUAGGUUUCUAAUUUUUCAAGCGAAUCACUUCAAAAGAGUGAAUAAACGUGAAUAAACGUGAAUAAACGUGAAUUAGAAAGCAUUAUCAUCACUCAUACAUUUAUUUAUGAAGUUGUUGUAUGUUUUUAAGUUUGUAGAUUUGGAUAAAUAAGUGAACAGUAGAUAUGAAGUGCAGUUAAGGGGAAAUAAAAAGCCACCACAAGUUUCUUUACAAAAUUUAUUGUCACCGAUGCAGAAUGGCACAGUGCAGAUGUUACCCACCAGUGUGACAGUUUGAUACAGCUGGUUAUUUGAUGAUAUCCACUCCAUCGCUAAUAGUUUCCAGUGGAUUUAAAUUGUAUUUUUGUCGUGGCAGGUUUAAAGUUUUCACAGGGUUAUGGAUUGGAUUUAUCUGAUGUUGGUCACGUAGUUGGAAUGUGACAGGCUUAUUCUCUUGGAUCCACUUUAAUGUAGGGUUGCUCAACAUGCCCCAGAUGAGCAUUUGUUUAGCAAGCUCCUGUUGAAAACAGAGAGGAGGAACAAGUGUCAGAUUAAGUCUUAAAAUUCUUUCUCUGCAUCAGAGCUUAAGCUAAACAAUCCUCAACACAAGUCCUUGUUUUACAUACCGGACUGCAGCACAGGCUGGAACUGUCCGGCCAUGCAGAUUUCCUCCUGCUUCUGGCGGACCACUCUCUGGAUGGCAGGGGGGAGGCCACGGGGGUUGCGGGAGAAGACUAGAGCAUAGCCAUCCUCGCAGGUUCCGUCAUCCUUCAGGGUGCGGCAGGCAUAGGUGAUGGCAUAGUUGUCAUAGUCUGUAUCAAUGACCCAGUAGUUGUCACCUAGAAGUCAGGAAUGAGAAAUUAGUCCCAGCUCCACGAAGGAAAGACAGAGUGACAAAGAGAACAUGAUGAGCAGGCUUACCGCCACUGGACAGGUAACUGGCCAGGCCCUGGUAGUCCAUAAACAUUUUACCAGGGUUGCCAGGGUCAGGGACUGUGUACUGAGCAGCCAUGUCAGCACAGACAACCCAGAACCUGAAUACAGAGGAGAGAAAAUAUGCAGCAAAUGCAAGCGUAUUCAUGACCUCACAUUGAAGCUGCUACCAAGUAUGUUGCAAAUACCCACCCAAAGAGAGUGACUCUGCCUCUGGAGGAGGCCACCAUGGAGCCAUCAUUGCCAACCGCGUACUCAGCAGAGAUGUUGUCCUGCAGGAACAAACCCUCAGGAUCUUUCUUCUGCAGAGCGUACCACUUCCCUGCGUACUGUUGUAGGGAAGAAAGGGCGAAGAUGAGCUUUAUUUUGAUUGGCAUGUCUAUAGUAUGGAUAUACACACUGAAAUGUGUGAAUAUCACAGUAAGUAGCACAUAGUUCAUAUGUGUGAUUGUAUGCUGAUGAUGUUCUGGUUCAUGAGCCACAUUGAUCAUUUUGUUCCUGUUUUGGUUAUUUUUUUUAACUACUUAUUAUACACCAGUGUUACUAUAAAUACAGUCAAGCUAAUUCAGAUUACAGAAAGUUCAAAAAUACACAGAAAAAGUCUUAGAAUAUAUUUCAAUUUUUGAUCUUGUAAUGAAAGGGUUAAGAAGAAUCCUUAAAAGACACAUUUGCGUACUCACUCUUUUGGGGUCAAAGUCCUGUUUGACUGUGAAGCUGUCCACCACACAGGAGGCCAGGCUGUGCUCCACACAGGCCAGGAGCAUCAUCACCAGAGCAAAGAUUUGAAAAUUCAUCCUAACGCAAAACCCAAAUUAACACUGUAUUAUGAUUUGUUUAUAUAAAGGUGUAAAGUCAGCAUUCCUAAAUCAUUUUGACACUAAAAUCCUCAUAAAUGGUCUAAGAACAAGAAAGGGUUGUUCUUUGAGCUCCAUAUUUAUUUGUAAAAAUUUGAGCAAGUCCCUUAAAAGCAGCAUCUCCUUACCUGAAGUAGGGAAUGAAGAAGCCACAAGACGUUUUCAGUGCAGAGUUGUUGCAGUGAACUGUGGUGAGAAGACGCUGUGUGAGCCUUUUAUACCCGACGCACAGACAGGCUCGCUGCUUAUUUUCAGAUUUUAAAUCUACGGCUUAUCCAGUUAACAAAAUCCGCCGGCGUAAGCUGAUGAACCCCCAGAUUCAGCAGGCUUUAUGUAAUUCAGUGCAGGGCUACAUAAUGGAAUACAAGAUAGCAGAUGCCCGGCAGGAUAAGGCUGGCUGAGCCGCAGGUCACGUAUGCACAGCAAAGGUGUUUACAUGAGCAGGCAAAUGUAUUUUUAGCCCUGAGGAUACAUGAAAAUGUAUAAAGUGUACAGAUUUACCCAGCCUGAGAAAGAUGCAGGGUUCAAGAGAGAUUCUGUCUUUCUACUGCAUCUGUGUUUCCUUUAAAUGUGUUCAAAACAUUCCCAAAACCCUGAACAGGGACAGUUUUUCCAAGAGCAUUAAUGCUUUCUGUUAUCAUUAUUAAUAUUAAUUUAACACAAUAAAACAAAUCACUGCACUAAUUAACUUAGUGUUUUGUUCUGCCAAGUCUAUUUGUAGAUUAAGCAUUACUGCUCCGUCUCUUUAGCCUUUUUGCCUGUUAUGUUUUAUUCGGGAUGUUUUAACCUAAAAUUAUGUAUUUUGUGAAUUCUUAAACUUUAACAACCAGUGAAAAGAAAUCAAAAAUCUGUUUUCCACCUUCAACAAACAGUACAAAUGUACAACUGGUAAAACUGCAAAAAAAGAAAAAAUUAUAUAUAUGUACUGGAUGUUGGGUCAUGUUAGGUCAGCACAGGCUCAGGUGUUCCCGGCUGCUGCCACUUACUUGGUUAAGUAAUCUGUCUCUUCUUCAGCUUCGCCCUGCAAUGUGUCACACAGGAAACAGCUGAGCUGCAUUAUAGAAAGUUUACACCACUUAUGCAUCCUGCAUGUGCAGAGGUCUAAAAAUGCACAAGCUUCUGUUUUACAGGUAUCAAGGUGAAGUGAAGUUAUAUUCCAAAAGCGCUCACUUUACGAUAUUAUAUAUCGUCUACAUGGUUUAUUUAGAAGAAAAAAGGAUAAAGAAAAGCUCUUCUUUUGAUUUUACAAAUUUUGGAGUCAAAUGUCGAGCAACUGUUUUGUUUUUUUCAGUUUUUGUGUCCCAGAAUCCAAACGUAACCAGAUCACUGUAAUCCCUCUAACAGCUCUUGGGAGAUAUUUUUGUAAGGUAAGGAAGCCAAUUUAAGACGAGUAGUGUGUCGGUAAAUCCGGCUGCAUUUUUCUGGCAGCCCUGUCAUUGUUGUCGUUCUAACAAUAACCUGUCCUGAAGAUAUUACAUAAGAGCUUUGUGCCCAACGUCCUCACCUUUUUAAAUGCAGUCAAAUCUUCGACACUGCUGUGACCAGUCACGUGUCAGCAGCGUUAACUCUGCAUCUCUAAUCUGAAAACAAACGACAGGUUUAAAUGAUCCUGUUACAGACGUGCACUUGCUUAACUGGAAGGGAGCUCAGGUUGAUCAGAUCUGGACCAGAGCCAUGUCAGGUUGAUGACUGGUUCAAGUUGUAUAACAAGCAGCUGAGUGUAGAAAUAUAUGCAUCCGUCUUAUUUAAUCAUAGGCUGCAGUAACUAUUUUGAUACUCAACUAGCCAUUCACUUUUCUCCCAAUUAAAUUUUCAUUUUACAAAACUAUCUUUUUGUGCAUUAGUGAAAAUAAUUAAUGACAUAACUCUGGACUUUGGAAACAAUAGAAAUUAUUUUUAGGCGAUGCAAUUAAACCAAAAGUAAGAGGCUGUUAAAAUUGUUUUAACACCCAACCAAUGUGGGUCACACUAAAAGUGAAAAUGAAUUUCCACAUGAACUGUAAUCUUAAUUAAAUGGGAAGUUUAGACAAUAAGUAUGAACUUUUCCACAGGUUCAGAAAUACAGCAGGACUGAGCAGAGUGACAGACGUGAAUCUCAAACAAAGAGCAUAUGACUCAAACUUUGGAGUCAUAUUUAUGCAUUUAUAUAAGUAAAUCUAAAUUAAAGAUCAGCCACAAAAUAAGUACAUUUUUACCUUUAAAUCUAUAAAAUUAUAAUAAAGUGUUCCAGGCUGUCUUAUUUAAAACUGACAUCAAGGGCCUGGUGGCAUGUCACCGUGCCAACAUCUAAAAGGCUCUUUCAGGCUUUCAAAGAAAAGAUUGUGAAUGCCUGGCAGAAGGAUUUAAGAGGAUAAGUCAUUCCACUGUAACAAAAACUACAGAUCACCUCAGCCAUGUUGCCAGUUAGUUCUCAGACCUCGAGCGAUCACUGCGAUUUCACCACGACACCCGUAAAGUUUCAGAACUCAUAUCAUAACCCACCAUGAUGGAGACAUUCACAGGCAGACGUGUCAACACCUGUUAAAUUAUUUUAAAGAAAUGUGGUUCACACACACGCACACAGAGUUAUACUUAUGUCUUUAUUGAAAAGCUUAAAGUGAAGGCUGGAGAAAGUGGACAUAAUACCUCAAAAGCUCCUUGGAUUGAACAGGAUUUGUAUAAAUUGGGUAUUGACAACCUGUGCUCUUGGAGUGAGGUUGGAGGGAACAGUGCUUUCAUCAUCAACUUACACAGAGCAGCAUUACGGAGGUGCACGAAAGUGGAGGAAAAAAAUUAAUCAAUGCGCUCCGUGUUUCAUCAGCAUUUCUGAAGAAGAAAUGAGAGGUUUACUAAACUAACCAGCACCCCUUCAUAAAUGGUUCCCAGACAACUGUGCAAAUUUUAAGUCGAUGUUGUAAAUGGAAACCAGUGAUCCAAAAAGUUGUUGGCAGUAAAAC